UUCACGGGACUCAGAGUUUAAGGCUCCUCUCCCAUAGAGCAACUCUGCACAACCCAAGCAGACCAACUUUGGGACUUUGAAUGAACAUAUUUACAUCCACCUUUCUCUUCAUGUCGACUUAUCUGGAAACAUUCACACGGAUGCCAUGGUUACUCCUACCACGAUCUUACAGGUGAACAAGGUGAUGUCCAUCUUGUUUUAUGUGAUAUUUCUUGCUUACCUUCGUGGCACCCAUUCUACCAACAUGGAUCAAAGGAGUUUGCCAGAAGAUUCAAUAAAUUCUCUUAUUAUUAAACUCAUUCGGGCAGACAUUUUGAAAAACAAGCUUUCUAAGCAGAUGGUAGAUAUUAAGGAAAACUAUCAAAACACGGUGCUGAAAGCAGACCCUCAGCAAGACAUGGAUGGAGAUGAAAAUGUGAAAUCAGACUUCCAGCCAGUUAUCUCAAUGGAUACAGACCUCUUAAGGCAGCAGAGACGCUACAACUCACCCCGAGUCCUCUUGAGUGACAACACACCACUGGAACCGCCGCCACUGUACCUCAUGGAGGAUUAUAUUGGAAAUUCUGUGGUGGUGAACAGAACCUCCCGGCGGAAAAGGUACGCAGAGCACAAAAGCCACCGAGGGGAGUAUUCUGUUUGUGACAGUGAAAGUUUAUGGGUCACGGACAAAUCGUCUGCAAUCGACAUUAGAGGACACCAGGUAACUGUUCUGGGAGAAAUUAAAACAGGCAACUCACCAGUUAAGCAAUACUUUUAUGAAACGAGGUGUAAAGAAGCCAAGCCCGUAAAAAACGGCUGCCGCGGCAUUGAUGACAAGCACUGGAACUCCCAAUGCAAGACAUCCCAAACUUAUGUUAGAGCACUGACUUCAGAAAACAAUAAACUGGUAGGCUGGAGAUGGAUAAGAAUAGACACCUCCUGUGUGUGUGCGUUGUCGAGGAAAAUAGGAAGAACAUAGAUCUGCAUCUCUUUGCUAUAUAAAUUAUUACUUUAAAUUAUAUGAUAUGCAUGUAGCAUAUAAAUGUUUAUAUUGUUUUAUAUAUUAUAAGUUGACCUUAUUUAUUAAAGUUCAGCAAAUCUACAGUAUAUAAGCUUUCUCUCUCAUAAACAAGAGCAAAGGGUGUGUGCCUCUGCUGUGGGCAACUCUGGGGUUUUUAGACUAUGUUUGUGACACUGCUUGUUGGCAGCAUACCAUAACCUUACUGUAAAAUCUGUGUAAAAUCAGUAUUUUUCAUUCAGUAUUGUCAAGCCAGUGACUGUCAUUUAGUAAACUUGUUAAAAAUCAGACCAAUGUCAAGAGUUGUGUACAUACUUAUAUUCGCGGCUCUAUACAUUCAUGUUUAAUUGGAUGCAGUGUUGACUCCUCACCGCCAAACAGAAAUGGACCAAAAUACAUGUUGUAGCCUGCAGAUGACGUCAAUGUUAUAGACAUCAAGUAGCCAUAAAAUACAAUUUCUGUGUAUUAUGCCUGUUUUGCCAAUGAGAUGAUCAUUUUCCCUCAUUAGCAUUUUAGAAUGACUGCUAAUAAUCCAGCAACUUUUGUUUAUGUUUUUGAAGCACAUUUGUUUUGCAACUGUUUCUAAUGCUGCCAGUUCUUCAUAUAAAAAAUAUGAAAAAAAUCUAAAAUAUUCUUAGCAGAAACUUACUGAAGCCAAGAACCAAUCUAAACGGAUCUUUAAUGUAAUACAUACAAAAUUAUUUCUUCAGAAUUCACUAUUUCUUUUGAUCCAUGUCUUUCUCCUCAAUUAUCUUCUGCUUGCAUUAUUGGAUCAUUCCUCUCUGUCUGUUUGUAAAUUAGAAACAAAGCUGGUGGUGUCUUAACCUUAGAGGAGCCCUUGGCUUGCAAACUGUAGUAAAGAAAGAGAUAACAUCCUGGCGUGUAUGUCAAAGCCACACACCCUUACAAAGUUGUUCUCAGCAAUCCAUUCUCCAUUUUUCACAAAGGGAAAAAUUUGUAGAAUUGCUCAACAAACCUGGUACCUUUCAUAGGGAUCCAAAAUAAUCUUUUUCAGCGUUAGGAUGACUAAAAUCCAGAUCGCCCACAGUUCCAAUGAAGUUCUUCAAUUAUACAACUGAGUUGUUACUUAGGACAGACAAAUGUACUAGCAUAUAUAUAUGUAUACCUCAAACUCUUCAUAGUGUUGUCAUAUAGGUCCACUGGGGCCAACAAUAAAUACAGUACUUGAGAUGGUCUAUUAUACAUUAGCUGUUUAAUGCCCUGGAUAGGAUCCCACUGCCAUAAAAAUAAAUGAGAGUCUUGUCAUGGCUAUCAACAAAAUCAAGAUUGGACUGCAUACGUUAUCUGCGUCUAGCUAGAUCUUAACACACAGUUAGGGCUGAAAAAUGCCAGCCAUUCAAAAAGCAUUACAGCUGCAGUGAUCUUAAGUUUUUACACUGCAGCUUUCACUUUUGUAACGUGUUCAGCAUCACAAAUGACAAUGAGAUCAGAGCACUCAAAACCAAGGUGGCUGGAUGCCUUUGUCCAUACAGUUUUCACUAAUGGAGAACCAACUUUGAAUCUGUGACAGGUCAUCAGAGGCAUCAAAUUGUGUGGUCUCUCCUAAUUCCUUACAGAGAGCGUUACACACUGUAAAACCACCAGAGAACCAGACAGGUUGCUCAUGAGGCCAAGCACUGGAAUAGCAGUGCCUCUGCUAUUUUGCAGGGGAGGCCAUAAACAAAGGCUUUGAGAACCAUCUCAAUUUUCAACAGGAUGCCCGUGUAUUUACCUCACAGGAAAUAUCAUCACCCCACAGCACUAAGUCAUAACUUUGCUUCAAGCAAAAACAACUUCAGAAGUUCAAUAAGUAGGCAAUCAUUAAAAGGAGAGAAUGCAUUUUAACAAGGAACUCAUUGUCUAAUAUAUUGGACUAGAAUUUUUCCAGUGUUCUCCUUCCUUGGCAAACACUACAAAAUAAUAAUAAAAAAAGUCCUCAACAGGGCUUUUUAGUUUUACUGGCAGGAAAGUUGAAGUUUUCAACUAAAUUUUUUCUGCUCGGGGGACAAGCAUAUUUUUAGAGUCCUGUCCCACUGAAUUUUUUUGCAAGUUAAAAGCCUAUUUUUACUCCCUGAAUUCUCAAAUAAAAAUAAUUUUCAGAUGUUGUGAGUAAUUGAAAGCAGAUAUUCUCAUGGAUCAUUAACUUUAGAGAUCUCCAUGCUUCAAUGCCAGAUAGGUCUUUCUCCUUAUGAGAAGAGGAAGUAAGAAGACUAACUUAGCUCGGUUAAAUCCCGUUAAUCAGAAACUACCUUGUUCCUACAGUGUGGAUGGCACAUUUGUUUACAUCACUGUAAAUCUAUUUACAUGUCUGAAGACAGGAGAGAAAAUGUAGGUUUAUAGCAAUGUAAACAACAUCAGAGUUGAUCCUAAGGCCUUUAUUUCUGCUCACUGGAAAGGAAGGGACGUUCAUUCAUUAUAGGUUCAAGGAAAACAAUUUAUCAUUUCCCACUGUAAAUCCAGUAACAGAAACUGGUUUUUGACUCUUAACUUUACCAAUGCACCAAGUAUUUUACGAGCAGCCAGCAAAAAUGUAUCAGAAUAAAUACAAUGCCUGUCAUCUGAAACACAUUAAAUGAGAAAGCAGCAUGUUACAUAAGGUUAUUAGAUCGUCUGCCUUUUUCCCACCCCAGUAUAACAAUGAACGGAAGUGUUACCCUCUGGAUCUGAUUCAGUUUCCACUAAAGUCAAUGGAAAAAUUCUCACCUUCUCCAGCAGAAGCUGGAUCAGACCCCAAGCAAAGAAAAACCUGCAGAUCUCAACCAGAGAUCAAAGCAAUCGCACACAUCGGUGACGUGUUCUUGUAAAUCCUGUGCACGCAUAAGAUGCUGUAUAAUUUUGUAACAAGUUUGUAAACAAAGCCUGUAAUAAAUUUGUUAAGGCCUAA